UAGAAAGAACAUUAUGAGCAAGUCAUUUAGUGGUAUAGAGGUGAAAGCAUUGACUCCUCUCCAACCACUUAUUAAUUAUAAACCCUCUCAUUCCCUUUCAACAAAAAAGAAGAACAUCAUUAACAUUAUGUUUCACCUCUUAUUUCUGGUAUUUUUGUUGGUGAAUAUUGCAACUUGUGAAUUAGGGGAAGGUGGAAGGAGGAGGGGUUUGAUUCCUGCCAUGUUUAUAUUUGGAGACUCUUUGAUUGACAAUGGCAAUAAUAAUAAUUUGCCAUCAUUUGCAAAAGCCAACUAUUACCCUUAUGGAAUUGAUUUUGAUGGUGGCCCUACUGGUCGUUUUUCCAAUGGUUACACUAUGGUUGAUGAAAUUGCUGAACAACUAGGAUUACCACUGAUUCCAGCACACUCAGAAGCUUCUUCAUCAGGAGAACAAAUGCGGUUUGGAGUGAACUAUGCCUCUGCUGCUAGUGGUAUUCUUGAUGAUACUGGCAGGAACUUUGUUGAGCGCAUUCCAUUCAAUCAACAAAUAAAAAACUUUGAGGAUACACUUGAUGAAAUAACAGACAAUCUUGGUGCACCGGAUGUGGCACAAGCAUUGGCAAAAUGCAUCUUCUUUGUAGGAAUGGGAAGUAAUGACUACCUCAACAAUUACCUUAUGCCUAAUUAUGACACUAAGAAUCACUAUAAUCCUCAACAAUAUGCCAAUCUCUUGGUUCAACACUAUACAGAACAACUCACAAGAUUGUAUAAUCUUGGAGGAAGAAAAUUUGUGAUUGGUGGAGUAGGACUAAUGGGUUGCAUUCCAAGCAUUCUUGCAAAAAGUAAUAGUAAUGUGUGUUCAGAAGAAGUGAAUGAGCUUAUUCUUCCAUUCACCAAUAAUGUUAAGUCAAUGCUUACCAACUUAAAUGUCAAUCUUCCUGGUUCCAAAUUCAUCUACAUUGACAUUAAGAACAUGUUCCAAGAUCUCCUUACCAAUUACAGACAAUAUGGAUUUAGUGUGAUAAAUAGAGGGUGCUGUGGUAUAGGGAGAAAUAGAGGACAAAUAACAUGUCUACCAAUGCAAACACCAUGUCCAAAUAGGAAUCAAUACAUAUUUUGGGAUGCCUUUCACCCAACUGAGGCAGUCAAUAUCUUGUUUGCAAGGAAAGCUUUUAAUGGUGGUACUGAUGUUGUUUAUCCCAUCAACAUUCACGAACUUGCCACCCUUUAAUUGAUUUGUGUUACUUAGUUGACAAUAUAUGAAGAUCAUGUGUACUAUUAUCAUGUGUUACAAUUGAAAAAUCUUUACACGUUAAUGCUUCUUCUU